CUGGAAAACAAAGUACCAUAUGGUACUGCUACAAAAAUCAAAAUAUGGAGAUUUUAUAGUAAACAUCCAGAAGGCCACUGUACCAUCAGCAAAGGAACUCUCUUCCAUCUCCUACCAGGCAUGUAAAGGAUUAUAACCUGUUGGUACAACUGCUAGGACAGUCACCUAGCACACAAGAUCAUUGAACAUUAAAAUCAUGUUCAGCCACCAGUUUGGUAGCAGGGAUCAUUAACUGGACUUACUAUGUAGGGGCCAGUAUUUGCAAGAGUGAUGACUAUUCAGUAUUUGGAUGUUCCUGUCUUACAAUUAAAAAGGAUUUCAACUUUAGAAACAGAAGUACAGGAUUAUAAGAACUCAUUUUUUUCCAACCUCGAUUCUGAAAAUCUAGUAGAAGACUACCAAUCCUUUCUAAGUUCAGUAACAUUCACUUCUCAAGUUCAAGUUUCUUUUCAGGUUUGUUUGUGUGAAGAUGCUCCUUUUGAGAAAAUCUGUGGUGUAGUACUUCAGAUUAAUACUUCUCACCAGUGUAAAAACAUACCAAAUGCUGAAUUUUCAAUAUUGGGAAAACCUGGGAUUGAGGAUGUAGGACCUGAAAACUUCACCAUCACCAUAACUCCAGAACUAUCGACUGCCAUAACUCUGUAUUUCAGGUCUGAGUUUACUACUGAAGAAGGAAGAACAUAUGUUAGCAGUCCACUUCCCCAGUUCAUUUCCUUUGAAAAUUUGUUCCUUCCUUUUCCAGUGAAAGGAUGUGCUGGGAAAAGAAAAUUAUUUGAUUCUUUGUGGAAAAGCAUUGUCUAUAGAGCUAAAGAGAGUCACAAGGAAAGUAGUUGUCAGGAGUCAUUAUGUCAUAUGCAGUUAUCAAAGUCAGCUCUUAAGGAUCUUGUAACCAAGAGGUGGCACCAGUUUUGGGUUCAGGCAAGCCAAUUGAUGGUUGUGGAAAAGGCAGUAACUUCCUACGAUGUGGGAGUGUUCUUACCAUCACAUGAUCAUCUCCUUAUGAAACUGAGUCACCAAAAUGAAGGAACAAUUGUUUGUAUUGUGACAGAUAACUGGAGAAUUUUUCCUUGGUUAAAUGAGGUUUUAAAAAGCCUAGAAAAGAAAUAGAAAAACAGUAAAAAAUACUCGAGUAAAAAAUAAAUUUGAAAUUUUUUUGUAAUGGUUUGUUGUUUUAUGGUGUAAUGUUAAUGAUAAUAAUAACAAAAUGUUAGUUUUUCUUUCAAAAGCUAGAAAGUUAAAUCAUGGUUUUAAUUUGCAAAUGCUAAUAAUAUGUUAAAUUGUUUUGUUAUUUAUUUCCACACUAUUGUUAUUUCAAUUUUAAGUCUUUCCCUAGCAUAUCUUUAUAAGGGAAAUUUAAACAGUUUGGCCACAAACAAAGAAAAUACUUGUAUGUAUUUAGUUCAGUAAAAGUGGCUUAAUGAGGAUUGUUUUUAUCUUUCUGCAAGGGGGAUUCCCUUUUAAGCAUGUAGAUCACUGUGUAAAUAGCAUAGCAAAAUAUUCUUAAAAAACACACCAGGUGGUUGUGAAAGAUAGUUUUAAAUCAUAGUGCAAGGUGUUGAAAUAUUCUUAAAAACACACCAGGUGGUUGUGAAAGAUAGUUUUAAAUCAUAGUGCAAGAUGUUGUUGGAUAUUAUUGAAGAUACUAGACUUGGUUUUGUUUAUUUCUAAAGAAAAGUAACAGUAAAUGAUAUAAGUUAUCAAGAGUCAUUGUUCAUGGAUAGCUUAUCUUAAAUAAAACUGUUUGGUAUGAGGGAUCUGGGUUUGAACAGUUUGUAAAGGCUACUCAGUUAUUCAUUAGCUUGUGUCUCAAUAAACUUUUAUAGUCUUCUGACCGAGUAUGUUACUUUCAAAUCUGAUAUUGAUUGUGGUUUUAACAAGAUGAAAGAAAAUAUUUAUUUUUCUUAAUAUCAGUAGACAUAUCUUUAUUUUAUAGAAUUAGUGCAAUUUUAGGCCAAACAAAAGUGAUUAAAUGAAUAUUUGUUUCUCACAUUCCUAUUAGUCUGUUGCCAAUUUUGAAUCGUAGUUAUUCCACAUGACUUGUUGCAGACAAAAGAUAGAUGUCAAAUACUAUUUUUUAAAAACAUCUCUCAUGUUAAAUCUGUAAUGGACUACUUACAAAAAAUGUAAGAAAGAAACAUCUGCAUUCCAGCACCAGUUUAAUUACUUAUGCGAGCUUAAGGAUUUUCAUUAGUUUACCAUUAUAGGUGUUUUACACCCUAUAGUUAAUAUAAUGUUUAUCAGUGUUCAUUAUGUAUGACAUCUGUAACUAUUUGCCUUUUAAGCAAGUACAUCUCUCUCUAUAUAUGAUACAUAACUUUAUUUUAUGAAUUGGAAAAGAACAGGUUUAAUUUUCAUAUCACCAAAGAGCAUGUAUAGUUGAGUAUAUAUGUAUGAGUGCAAUACAAGCAGUAUUAAAUAUUUUUAUAUAUUUAGUGAAAGUAGAUAGGUUGAAAACUGAGUACUGAACAAGCAGUUCGUUCUCUGUAUUUUGGCAGCACAAGCAUUAAAAUUCCUUGUGCUAUAAGUAUAUAUAUAUAUUAAUGAAUAUUUAUAUUUUUAAUCAUAUUUUGGAUAAUUCCAGUUUAUUAACUAAUUUUAAUUAAUAUGUCUUCUUGGUUAAUGAUACAUCUUACUGAAUAUCCAGACUUUUAUAGUUACAAGUGAUUUAAUGUAUUAUAUGUACAAUCGUGUGUAAACACUACUGUAUAAUUUAUUUAGAAUGGUUUACUGAAGUUUAUUUGGUAUAAAUAUGCUAUGAAUAAAUAUUACCUAUGUUUGUUUCCAA